AUGUCUAGCAGCGAUCGUAUAAUCUCCUCUCCUCCUCUGCCGACCAACUACGACGACGACGGCGAGGAAAGCCGCCAAGAUGAUGACCAGAUCUCCCCUGACCCCGAACCACCGCAACAACAACAGCAGCAGCUCAACGGCAGGAAGCUGUCCAUCAGAAAGCUACGGCGGUACGACUCCUUGGAGGUCGAGUCCGGCCAGUUCAACGGUCGGGACCACCACCUCGGCUCCAGGGAAGCGAGCUGGGCGGUGAUCCUCCAGCUGGCGUUCCAGAGCAUCGGCGUCGUCUACGGCGACAUCGGCACCUCGCCGCUGUACGUCUACGCCAGCACCUUCACCAACGGCAUCAACGACGACGACGACGUUUUGGGCGUCCUUUCGCUCAUCAUUUACACGCUCACCUUGAUCCCUCUCCUCAAGUACGUCUUCAUCGUUUUGCGCGCCAACGACAACGGCGACGGUGGGACAUUUGCGUUGUACUCGCUGAUAUGCCGAUACGCGAGGGUGGGGCUGACGCCGAGCCAGCAGGCGGAGGACGGGGAGGUGUCGAACUACCAGCUGGAGCUGCCGAGCAGCAAGACCUCGCGGAGGGCGUCGGUGCUGAAGUCAAAGCUGGAGCAGAGUUGGACGGCGAAAUACGUGCUGCUUUUCGCCACCAUGCUGGGCACUUCCAUGGUCAUUGGAGACGGCGUUCUCACUCCCUGCAUCUCUGUUUUAUCUGCAGUUGGAGGGAUCAAGCAGGCGGAAGAGUCCAUGUCUCAAGAGAUGGUCGUGUGGAUCUCGGUGGGCAUCCUGAUCGCGCUCUUCACGGUCCAGCGGUUCGGCACCGACAAAGUGGGCUACAGCUUCGCCCCGAUCAUCUGCGUCUGGUUCGCCCUCAUCGCCGGCAUCGGCUUCUACAACUUCGUCACCUACGACCCCACGGUGCUCAAGGCCCUCAACCCCAAAUACAUCGUCGACUACUUCACCAGGAACAAGAAACAAGCCUGGAUCUCCCUCGGCGGCGUCGUCCUCGCCACCACGGGCACCGAGGCCCUCUUCGCCGACGUCGGCCACUUCACCGUCCGAUCCAUCCAGAUCAGCAUGUGCUGCGUCACUUACCCUGCCCUCAUCGUCGCCUACACGGGCCAGGCCUCCUUCCUCAGCAAGAACACCCACCUCGUCGCCGACACUUUCUACAAAUCCAUUCCAGGUGGGUUGUACUGGCCGAUGUUCGUGGUGGCGGUUCUGGCGUCGAUUAUAGCGAGCCAGGCGAUGAUUUCGGGGACGUUUUCGAUAAUCCAGCAGUCUUUGGCCCUGGGAUGUUUUCCUCGAGUGAAGAUCGUGCAUACUUCGACGAAGUUUGCUGGACAGGUGUUCAUCCCGGAGGUUAAUUAUCUUCUUAUGCUGGCAUGUAUUGGAGUCACCGUUGGGUUCCAGACUACUGCCAAGAUCGGCAAUGCAUACGGAAUCGCCGUGGUCUUCGUGAUGACCCUGACCUCUUCGUUCCUGGUCCUGAUCAUGCUCAUGAUAUGGAAGACCAACAUCUUCCUGGUCAUCGCCUUCGUCCUCACCAUCGGCAGCGUGGAGCUCCUCUACCUGAGCUCGGUCCUCUACAAGUUCAACCAAGGAGGCUACCUCCCACUGGCCAUCGCCGCGGUCCUCAUGUCCAUCAUGUUCGUGUGGAACGACGUGUACAGGAGGAAAUACCGCUACGAGCUCGACCAUAAGAUCUCCCUCGAAAAAGUGAGGGAGAUCGUCACCGACACGACUGUACAGUCGGUCAGCAGGCUCCCCGGGCUGGCCCUGUUCUACUCGGGGCUGGUCCAGGGGAUCCCACCGAUCUUCGAGCACUACGUGGGCAACGUCCCCGCGUUGCACUCCGUCCUCGUCUUCGUCUCCAUCAAGUCCCUCCCCAUAGGGAAGGUCCCCAGCGAGGAGAGGUUCCUGUUCCGCCGCGUCGAGCCCAAGGGGCUCAACAUGUUCCGUUGCGUGGCCAGGUACGGGUACACGGACGUGAGGAACGAGGAGGAGCCGUUUGAGGGGAUGUUGGUGGAGAAGUUGAAGGAGUUCGUCGUCGGCGGUUGGGAGAAGGAGGAAGGCGGUGGGGAUGGUGGUGGUGCGGCGGCGGAGGAGAUGGAGGUGAUCGAGAAAGCGUGGAGGGCCGGGGUGGUUCAUUUGAUCGGAGAGAACGAGGUGGUGGCGGGGAAAGGAGCGGGGAUGGGGAAGAGGGUUUUGAUCGAUUAUGCUUACAAUUUCUUGAAGAGGAAUGUGAGGCAGAGUGAGAAGGUGUUUGAUAUCCCGCACAAGCGCAUGCUUAAGGUUGGCAUGACGUACGAGCUCUAG